AUGUACGCGGAUAAGUUGAACGUAUCAUGCUAUGGAGAUAAAAAGAUUUUGAGCAAAUUAAAAUAUUUCUUUAAAGAAGAUUUUUACGAACUGUCAGAUGUAAAAUUAGAUGAAAGAAUAAAUGUGUUACGAAUAAAUUUAAAAUAUAUAUAUUACAAUAAUCCUAUAUCUGAAUAUUUCAAAAAUGAAGAGAAUACAUUAUCUGAAAGGUCGUUAAUAUAUAUUUAUUUUUUAUAUUUAAAUAAUUUGGAAGAAUAUAAAAAGGAGAAAGAAUCUAUACUAAAUAGAUAUAAAGAAAAUAGUAUGAAUGAUGAAUAUGAUGAAUGUAUAAUUAUAUAUGCAUAUAAUCUUGAUGAUAAUUUGAAUGAGAUCAAAAAUAUAAAAAAAAUAAAAGCUGACUUUAGUCAUAAUAGUUGUAAGAGCAUCAAAAUAUUAAGUUUUCCAAUUCUAAAAAUGGAGGAUUAUGAUUCAAAUAAAAAAAUGAAAGAACUGUAUGAACAUUUCAAAACACGAUAUAUGGAUCAUAUAAAAAUAUGUAUAGAAAAAAAGUAUAAUUUAAUAAAAAAUGGGUUUAGCAAAAGUAUGAACAACUUUUUAAACUAUGUCGAAAGUAAGAAAAAGACAAUCACAGAGGAAAUCAACAAUAACAAUAGCAACAACCAUAGCAGUAACAACCAUAGCAGUAACAACCAUAGCAGUAACAACCAUAGCAGUAACAACCAUAGUAGUAACAACCAUAGUAGUAACAACCAUGGCGGAAAUAAACACAGCGGAAAUAAUCAUAGCGGUAACUACAACAGCUACAAUUACAGCAACUAUAACAGUAGUAGUACUGGUGGAAAGAAAAAAAAAAAAAAUAAAAGAUUUUACAUAGCGAACACUUACAUAGAGAAGAACGAAGAAGAGACUCAAAUUGAGGAGUUCUUAGAGUUUUAUGAAAACCAUGCUGUAUUUUUAUUUUGUAAUGAUUAUGUAAAUAUCAAUUUUUUUUUACGCCAAAAUGAUGUUUCGUCUUACAUAAAUGCACUUGAAUUUAUAACAGACUAUGAGGAACAAGUAUAUGUCGAUAUGUAUGAUCUUUUUCUAUCUUUAUUUAUGUGGAGUGAACACUUAUGUCUACUAUAUUUCAAAUUAAAUAUGUUUAAGAAGAGUUAUGUUUUAUAUAGUACUAUUGCAAAAUUAUUUAUUAAAUACCUGAACGUGUACAUAAAAAAAAAAAAGUGUAUUAUACAUUCUUCUAUUUUAUUUGAAAAAAAUUAUUUAACUAUAGCUAGAUAUAUUAGAGAAAAAAAUAUAUGUUCUAUUCAUUUAUUAGAGUAUAUAUUUUUUAAAAAAUUCACUAUUUUACUUUUUUUAAACAAGUUUUCAUACAUUUCGAGUAAGGCUUUAAAAUUUGCAAAAUUUUUUUACACAAAUAAAAUUUUUAUAUUUAUGCACAAUUUCCAUCGGUUUAAAAAUAAUCUUACCAGAAACGCUGAGAAUCUUAAUUAUUUGAAAAACAUUCAAAAAAAAAUAACAAAGUAUAGAAGAAAAGAACUGAUAAAAAAAAAUGCUCAGCAUUGUGUUGGAGAUAAAAAUGAAUUGCCAAUCGAGGAAGACCAGCAGCACGACGAUCAGCACGAUGAGCAGCACGAUGAGCAGCACGAUGAGCAGCAAGAGAAGAGAAAUCAAAGAAAAGUCAAUCAACAUUACUUAAGUAAAUAUGACCAUAAAUUGUACAAGUGCAAAAGACGCUUAAUAAACGAGCUUAGAUGGAUUUUUAGUUCUACUGGAGGAAAUGACCCAAGUUGUAAAGACAUCCUAGACAGAAUAGCGGGCAGUGCGAUAAGCAGUGCAGUAUAUGGAGUGGGCAAUGCAGUGGAUGAUACGAUAGAGCAGGCUGAAGAAAGUGCGACCGAAAGUUCUGUUAAUAACACUAAUAACGUUGAUAACCCUGAGAAUAUCAGGGAACCAGGUAGAAACAUCAACAACAGAAUAAGGUGCAGUAAUAGGAACUUAUUCUUAGACGAAAGGACGAAAGCAGAAUUUUUGCUGAAUUGCUGUUUCAUAAAUAAGGAAAACUACUUUUCGAUCUAUUUCUACAAUUUGGCAAAUUUAAUUAAAUUUCUUUUUGAGCGUAGGAGCUACUUUUACCAGGAGGAUUACAAAAAGAACAAGAAUGACAAGAAUAUAAAGAAAAAUACAAAUAUUAGCAAAUACUUAUCGUUACAAAAGAAUAUUAUGAAAUUAGGGUAUAAAAAGAAUUUUACAAAAAAAAAAAAAUCGAAAAAAAAUGUAAAAGUGAAAACGAAAAGAAAUAGCUCUGUGGUUAACUCAUCUUCAUCACAGAUAUCAUCGACCUUGUCCGAUUUUUCUGAUUCAAAAAAUAAUUAUAAAAAAAUAUGUUUACAUAAUGAUUUCUGUAUAAAUGUAUCAAAUAUUUUUAAGUUAUCAUUUGUUAUUUUGAAAAAUAUAUUAAAUAUUUAUAAUUACAAUUCGUUGUACUAUCAAAAAUAUGCACAGGAAAUAUAUUUGUGCAAUUUUUUUUUAAAUUAUUUAGAACAAAAAAGGUUUGAACAAAAUAUAGAAAAGGAAGACAUACAAGAAAUAAAAAAUGCAAAAAAGAAUAUUUAUCAUAAUUUUCCUAUUUAUCAAAUAAAAAAUUUUUCAAAAGAUAAUGAAAAAAAAAAAAAUUCCUUACUUAUUAAUAUUAUGAAUAAAAUUAUUAAUCUCUGUUAUCGAAAAUAUAACAACAUUUCAAUUAUAAACAAAUUUUUUUUAGCACUUCUAUUAUUUGAAAAUAAGAUAUAUAAAAAGUCUUUCAAAAUUUUAAAGCGAAUAAUUCAAAAAUCAAACUUUGAUGUCCUUACCACUUUGUGCAUGCAACUUUUGUUAUUUCAUGAUAUAAAUAAUAAUUUCUACCAUUUUUGUUCAUCCUUUUUCUUGUCCAAUAAAUACACUAGGAUCUUAUCUUUCAUAAAUGUAAAUAUAAAUUUUACCGUAAUUCAAAAUUAUCAGUACUACUUAUAUUCUAUGAACAAUCAGCGGUCCGUUCUCAAAAUGGAGCAACAUAAAAAAUACGAUGAAAUAUUUUUUAACUCAUUGAAGAAGAACAUUGUAUUGCCAGAAGAGAUUGUAAAGAUGCAAGUACUCGACAUCACUCAGGGGGGUAAACAGUGGGGUACACCGUUAAACUGCUUGACAGAGUGUAAGGCGGAGUGUGUAACAAACUGCAUGACUGAAUGCUUUGCGGAGUGCUUGCCCGAGGUUACAGAUGAGGGGAUGAAGUUACCCAUUCAUGAAAGUCAGACAAAGAAGGUAGAGGGGGAACGAAAAAAAAAAAAAAAAGAAAAAACUAUUCCUACAAAUAGGCACUAUACACAAAAUGGAAAAAUAAAUAAAAACGUUGCUACCAAAAUGAACAGAAAUAAAUUAAUCAAAUUAGAAAAAAAAGAAUUUUGCAAAGAUAAUUAUUACUUUGAAAUAAAUCGAUAUUUUUUAAAAAGCUUAAAAAAAUAUAAUUUUUCUUUAUCAACAAAUGAAAGGAAUAAUGAUAUAUAUAUACCUAACUCGGGUAUUAAAAUAUUUGUGCAGUCAGACUACAACCUUUAUAUUUUUGUGUCAAAUAUGAUUUUUGGAAAUUAUGAUGAAAAGAAAAUGAGUAACAAGUGGGAAUUUCCAUCCAACGAAGAGAAUAAAACAUCAAAUGAACAAAACAAUAAUAGCUACUAUCAGAUGGAAACAAAUGAAAAUAUGAAUGCAAAUAUUAAUCAUAUAGAAACAUUACUGCAUAUGACAAUGCGCAAAUAUAAAGUUAAGAAGAAAACAAGGGAGAUAUUACGGAUCAAAAAGUUAUGUGUGCAGUAUGAUGAAAAUUUGGAUUUAUUUAUUUUUUCCUCCUUUACUCAAGAUUUACAUAUUGAUAAUAUUAUUAUUCAGUUAUAUAAUGAAAGGGAUAACAAUAGUUUAUACUUAAAAUUCCACAGAACUAAACAAAUAAUUAAACAUGGACUUAAUAUCAUUAAAUUAAAUGUUGUUAAUAUUCUAGAAUCCAAUAAAAUAAUAUGGAAACAUUUCUAUUAUAAAAUUAAUUAUGUUUUUCUUGUAAUUAAUAAUUUUUCCUUUUAUCAAAAAAUUGGUAUAUUACCAAAUAGUAGUUUAGUAUAUCCAUUUUUAAGAGCCUAUAGCCAAUUUAUAAUAAAUAAUUAUAUAAUUGUUGAUACCAAAAAAUAUGCAAAUUUUUUUUUAAAUCAGCUAGUUUCAUCACUCUAUGUUAAGAUAAAAACAUUGGAUUCAAUUUUGAAUUGUAAGUUAAUUGCAUCUUAUUUAAAUAGCACCUCCUUAGUCUAUAACAAUGUAAAUUAUAUCAAGUUAAUUGUUAGAAAUAAUCACAAGCAUAUGCACUAUGAGGACUUUGAGUUAAUCACUAUCAGGAGGAGCGAUGAUAAGGCGGGUAAAGAAGUAAGAAAUAUUAAAAUUUUUCUUCAAAAAGCAGAAGGCAUACGCAGUAGUAGCCGUACUGCUAACAUACGCAGUAAUAGCCGUACUGCUAACAUAUGCAGUAAUAGCCGUACUGCUAACAUAUGCAGUAAUAUCCGUACUGCUAACAUAUGCAGUAAUAGCCGUACUGCUAACAUAUGCAGUAAUAGCCGUACUGCUAACAUAGGUAAUAAUAGCGGCACUGCUAACAGGAAUAACACGCUAGAAAACCACAGCGUUGAAGAUUUCAUCCAUUUUUAUAUUGAAAAGAACGACAAUAUGCAAAUCGAACAGAUGAAAAUUUUAGACGACGAAGAAAUGCUUCUCAUCAAAAAUAGUAGUAGUACAAGUAGUAAUAUGUCCAUGCACAUUUUAAAUAACGAAAAAUAUAAUUUGAAAAAAUGUAGCUUAAAAGUAAAAGAAAAGAAAGAUGAGUCGCACGUAGAGGCCUACAAAAGGAUAGACAAUGCUUAUGCAAUUAUUUCUUUUAUUCCGAAAAGAAUAAAUACCAACCCCAUCACUUGUAAUGAAAAUUGUACUGAGAGUUUAAAAGGUGAAGGGAAUAGCAGUGUAGUUCCACUGACUGAUAAUCUGCUUAUAAGCCAUAAUAAGAGUCAAAAUAGAACAGAAAAAGUAAAAAUAAAAUGUAUAAUAAAUAUAGACUUACUUAGAAAAAAGAGAAGGGAAAGAAGGACAGACAUGUAUAAGUUAUCAAAUAUUAAUUAUGUAGGUAAAAUUAAAUUUGAUGAUUUUAUUAACCGAGAAGAAAUUACUUCGAAUCCUUGUUUAAAUAACCAAAUAAUUAUAGAAAAAACAUUCGAUCUUGUAAAUAUUUUUAAGGAAAAAAUAAAUACAUACAGAUCAAACAAUGGAAUGUUAUAUGAAUUAAUAUUAAAAUUACAUAAUGACAAUUAUGCUUUAUAUUUAAAAAAAUUCCACAUAACUAUUUUAAAAAAAUAUAUUACACAAAUAAAAAGUACCAAAAUUUUUUUGUUAAAUAAUGAGGAUAACCAACAUAAUAUGGAGAAAUUUUUUUUGAAAAGAAACAACCAUAAUGAUUUGGCGGAAAACUCCAUAUACAAUGGAAAUGAAAGUAGUUUGAACUACUCAGGGGAGUGCAAUUCCAGUCCAUCAAAUGAAAAUUAUAUGAACAAAUCAGGCGAAAGCCACUCUAACCUGCCGAAUGAAAAUAGCAUGAACGAGUCAGGCGAAAGCCACUCUAACCUGCCGAAUGAAAAUAGCAUGAACGAGUCAGGCGAAAGCCACUCUAACCUGCCGAAUGAAAAUAGCAUGAACGAGUCAGGCGAAAGCCACUCUAGCCUGCCGAAUGAAAAUAGCAUGAACGAGUCAGGCGGCGACAAAUUUAGUGCACCGCAUGAAAAUCGCAUAAACGCGUCAGGAGGAGAUAAUUUUAGCCCACCUCAUGAAAAUUGUAUGAAGGGGUCAGGCGACGACAUUUUUAGUAUAUUGAAUGAAAAUCACAUGAACGCGUCAGUUGUUAACAAUUUUAGCGAGCCGCAUGCAAUUCGCAUGGACACGUCAGGAAUAAACAAUUCAAACGGUUCCAUUGAAAAUGAUAGGAAAAAAAAAAUUAUAUCUUUUGAUGAGAAGGGCUCAAGUAUUGAAGAAAAAUAUCUUUACGAUGAAAUUGAAAUUAAUAGUCGAAUUAAUGGAGGAACGAGUAUUUUUUUGCUUUUUGAAGUGACAUAUGACGAUAUGUUAGAAGGAAAAAACAAUUCGAUGAAUCUUUUAAAUUAUGAAAAUACAAUUGGGAACAUGAAUAUAACAUAUGAAUGUGGAAACCAGUUUAUUAAGAAAAUAUAUGAAAAAAAGAAAAAAGAAUAUAUAUAUAAUUUCCAUGUGUUAAUACCUCAAUUUUUAUUACCUAUUAAUGUUGAUUAUGAAAUACCGAAACAUGGGAUGUUACAUUCUAAUAUAAACGUUAAAAUUGUAUUAUUAAAUAAAAUUAAUGAAGAUAUUUAUAUGAAAUAUUCUGUGUGCAUAGAUAAUGAAAAAAAAAAAAUAAAUAACGAGGAGCAAUAUAGUUGGUUAAUAAAUGGAUUUAAAAAAAGGGUACUUUUUAUAUCAAAAAAUUCUGAACAUGUCAUAAAUUUAACAAUUAUCCCCUUAAAAAUUGGUUUAAUAAACUUCCCAUCUAUUUUUUAUUUUAUAAAAUUAAAUAAUAAAUGGAUUGAGAUAACAAAAAUUUUGAAAAAAAGUGAUAAUUUUCAAGUAAUUAUUACCCCAUCUCUACACUUUAGUCCCAAAAUAUGGCAGCUCGUUUAG